UGUGUGUAUAUGUAUAUAUGUAUAUAUGUAAAUAUGUUUAUAUUGUAUAUAUAUAUAUAUAUGUAUAUAUGUAUGUAUGUAUAUUUGUAUGUGUAUAUGAAUAUUAGAAAAAACCAAUGAUCGAUUUUAUAUUUGGCGUUAGUCAUCCUGGACAUUGGCACGCUUUAAAUAUUCAGCAAAAUCCUCAUCAUUAUUCAGGCAUUCGCCUGUUUGGUUCAAGUGCCGUAUCCCUAUUACAAGAAAAAAUAGGUGCAGGCGUCUAUUUUAACCCAUAUGUACAGGUGAAUGGUAUGAAUGUUAAAUAUGGAGUAGUGUCUAUCGAUAAAUUAUGUAAAGAUUUAAUUGAUUGGGAGACAUUAUACUUGGCUGGACGGAUGCAUAAGCCAGUCAAGAUUCUUCGAGAUGAUGCUCGUGUACGUUUAGCCAAUCAAGUGAAUUUAACAGAAGCUAUUCGAGUAGCUCUCUUAACUCUACCAGAAAACUUUACUGAAAGAGAACUAUUUGAACGUAUUGCUGGCAUUAGUUAUAAAGGAGACUUUAGAAUGAUUAUAGGUGAAAAUCCUAAUAAGAUUGAAAAUAUCGUUUCCUCUCAGAUGGAAAACUUUCAUCGACUUUAUUUUGGACUUUUAGAUGACUUACCUAACAUUGCCAUUCUUAAUCAAGGACGCCUUCAACAGAACUAUAAUCCACGUUUCCGUGGGUUAAUGAUUAAAAAGCUCCCUAAAACUUUAUAUGACAAAGUGAUUAAAGAGCAUCUCAAACAUGUCAGUAAAAAUAAUAUCCAGAUUCCAGAAGAUAAAACACUUUUAUAUGAACAAGUAGCUCAAUCUGAAGCAUUAAACAAGUAUAUAGAAAGUAGCUUAAAAGAAAUUAUUGCACGUACAGCUAUUACUCAAAGUGUCAAAGGUAUCUUCACUGCAGGCACAAUCAAGACAGUACGUUAUGCUGGAGAAAAACUACAAAAAUGGUGGACAGCAAAGAAAUAAAGAUGACUCUAGUAUAAU